AUGCAUCGUAUACCAAAACAAAAGUUGGUCACCCUAUUUGGUUUGACCAGUUUGGUGGCCACUAUGAUAACCAUAGCCCGAUUUUCCUCAAGUCUAACCGGUCCGAUACCCGGUGCCGGCAACCGAUAUGUUAUAUCGCAUGAAAAGCUGAUUGAAUAUCAGCAACGAUUGCGAUUAAUAGCCAGUAAUAACAAUUCAAAUGAAACAUUGAAUAACUUAUUGGAAAACUUGAUGACUAUAUCCUAUAAUAAAUUACAUGUGAUUAGUAGUAGUAGUAGUAGUAGUAGUAAUAGUAGUGACGAUAAAUAUAAUAAAACUUCUAGUAUUAAUAGUACUAAUAGUGAUAAUAAUUAUAAAAGUGCAAUAAAUUAUAACAUACCGGUGCUCAAAAAUAACAACUAUAAUAAUAAUAAUAAAGUGAUAUCAUUGUCAUCGUCGUCAUCGCAAUCAUUAUUGUCAUCAAUAGAUCCGCUUUCUUCAUCCUCAUCAUUGUCUGGACUAACACGUGAUCAGCAGCAACAACAACAACAGCAGCCAAUCAUUAUUAAUGGUAAAAAUAUCGGCACAGGUAGUCAUCAUAAUAUACCGGAGCCACAUAAUCAGCAGCAACAGCAACCACUUAGUGUAGGAGAAGCCAACAACAAAGAUAAUAAUAAUAAGCCUACAAUUAGACCAGGGCUUAGAAAAUCAAAACCAGUAGUAGUAGUAGUCGACCCUAAAGCCGAUAUCAAAACCAAUGACAUUAACAUCGAUGUCGACCCACAGGUCAUCAAAAAAGAUAGACAACAACAACAACAACAACAACAGCAACAAAAACCAGUCAACCCGUCAUCGGCUGACAGUAAUCUACAGCAAGUAAUCGAAAAUGAGGAAAAAGUACCGAAAAUACCGGUCAAACCUAAACUGGUAUUUGACAGCAAAGAUCUGUCCACUACUGAGCACAUGUUAAUUGACAAACCCCUUGGUUGUGAUGACGAUAUGGGCGCCUCAUUGGAUCUAUUGGUUAUUGUCAACUCGGCUGUCGACCACUGGGAAGCCCGGGAAGCCAUACGCGAUACGUGGGGCAAGUUUGCCAUCGAACGGGGAGCCUAUCUGUUGUUUCUUGUAGGCAGUUCCUUGAGUCCAGUUGUCCAGCACCGGGUGCUUAUGGAAGAUGAACGUACCAGCGAUUUGCUACAGGGCCAGUACAUUGACAACUAUUUCAAUUUGACAUUGAAAACCAUAUCGAUGAUGCACUGGCUAAGCACCCGGUGCUCGCGAGUCAAGUACGUACUGAAAGUAGAUGACGACAUGUUUGUCAAUAUGCAACACAUUACCGAUUUUACCGAAACCCGUAAUUUUAACAAAUGUAUAAUAGGUAAAUUGGCCAAAAAUUGGAAACCGCACCGCAACACAAACAACAAAUGGUAUGUACCGCCCGAGGCGUUCAACGGUACCGUAUUUCCUACUUUUGCUACCGGACCGGCCUAUAUGAUGUCCGGCGAUGCCGUCAAACCAUUAUACGAAACCAGUCUCAGGGAACGGGCCAUGUAUUUGGAAGAUGUCUAUAUGACCGGUAUUGUUGCCGAAAAGGCUGGCAUCCGGCGCCUGAAUCAUGCAAUGUUUCGCAACACACAUGUCCUCAAUUUGGAUGAAUGUUUGUUUAAGCGACUGAUGACCAGCCAUAAGCACAGCCCUGAAGAAAUACGACGACUCUGGCAACUGGUCUAUAGGCAGCCGCCAAAAGACUGUACAACACCGGCGCCCAAAACGGUCAAACCAGUAGUGGUGGCCAGUGUUGGUGCCGCCGCUGCGGCUAAUAAAGUCGGCGCUACUCAAAAAGCUACACAAAAACCAGUGAAUGGAUAGACCAGUCAUUUCAUCCAAUUUCUCUCUCUUUCUCUCUCUUUCUCUCUCUUUCUCUCUCUUUCUCUCUCUUUCUCUCUCUUUCUCUCUCUUUCUCUCUCUUUCUC